UAUGCAUAGCGAAAUGCCUGCUGCUUCAAAUUAUUGAUUUUCCAUCUCAUCUGCCAUCUUGGAUGGUUGAACUGUAUCACAUCACAGAAAAGAAAAAGUCGUGUUACUGGAAAAAACAGCCCUUGUCUAUUCGGCAUGUAGUGAAACAUUAAUGUUGGUAAGAUUACAUUUGGAAUACUGGAUGUAGGUAGUGAAACUUCAUAAGUUACAUAAGUUACUAGAAGUAGUUAAACUUAGAUGAGUGAAAUACCAGAGAAAGCUGAUAACAAAUGACGGGAAGCUUUAGAGUUCAGCUCGUUAAUAUGGGCACUAGAGGAGCAGCAUUUCAAGCCAAAUUGCGAUGUCUGCAUGAAUUUCAUGUACGACUACUUAGCAAUCAAAUUCCAGCACCAUCUGGCUCGGACAUAGCAAAUACUAUCAAGUACUUUUCACAAACUCUGCUUACUGUUCUGAAGGAUGUACCAUGCUCUCCUCUUGAAAUGAUCAAAGAUCCAUCGCUUGACCAAGCAAGGAUGUCCAGCUAUCCAAAUCUAGAGUAUCAAAAUCUGUAUAAUGCACUUACUAUGCUAUUGGAUGUUGCGUCAAGUAUUCAAAAUGGACUUAAUUUAUUCGGAAAAGCAUUACUACAAUGCCUCGGAUGCAUUCUUCCAUUCUUAGAUAAAGAUUUGAUUGAUAAUCUACCUUAUCUAGCAGCCUCUAGUAUAUCUGUACUUCCAUAUUCGUUGCAUCAAGAUAUUAUCAACUAUCUAUGUUACUACAUAUUACCAUUUACCAUCACUCGCCAAAGUGAUGAUGACCAAGAAUGUCAUGCAUGCCAGUCAGUGUCUGCAGUUAUAAUGCUGGUAUUUCAAUACUCUAAUAAUCCUGCGCAUCACUGUCAACUACUAGAAAGUUUGAUGAGACUUAAGCAUAACGUUGUAAAGGAUCUGCUUUGUGUAGUCGCUUAUGGUACGUCAGCUAGUCGUGCAUCUGCAGCAAAACUGCUCUUUUACUAUUGGCCCGCCUUUGAUCCGAAUCUUUUUGAUCGAAAAGGACUGCUAUGCAAAUUUACAAAUAAUUUAGUACCAUUUGUUUGUCAACGAGAAUCAUGCCCAAAUGCUGGAAAUGCAGAAGCCGUUAAGGUUUGCUACAAUCAUUGCAUAAGUAUAUUGUAUGCAGUAGACUCGCCUCCUCCACUAUACCUGUGUAUAGAAUGUGCUAAUGAAAUACACCGAGAUCAUCCGGAUCUUUCAUUUGGAGACAUUUUACAUCCCAUGCAACAAGUAUCAAUGAUAUGUGAGAACAAGAAUUGUAGGUCAAGCGAUAAAUCAGCUAUCUCAAUCUGUUUUUCUAGCGAAUGUGCUAGUUAUAACGGCAAUCACCCGAUAAGAUACUGCGCACAGUGUCAUGGAAACCGACACAACAGUAGACGCGGUAUUGAUCACAUCGUUCAUCGCAGCUUACCACCGAUGAUGAUGAUGGACGCUGAAAUGCAAACCUACAUGGUAGAAGCUGUAAUAAGUCUUCUUAGAGAAGCAAAACCAUUAAAUUUGGAUUUCGGGAGGGAUUUUUCUAGUGACUCUAAAAACAAUGCUACAAAUGGAACUCAAGAUACUCUAACCUUGGAGGACCGUCAGCUUCUUGGUCGUUAUGGAAUAUGGUUGUUAGUUGGCAGGUGCAAACCUACGACUGAUACUCCGAUUGAAAUUCUUGGACGUUUAUUGUCCAUGUUGUUUCAUUGGUUCCACAUAACUGCAUAUUCAUAUGAUGGUCAAGCUGAGAGUACUUUGGAGAAGCUUAAGCUUGAACAUGUUUGCGGAUGGUUGAGGGAUGUUUCUGAGAGUCAUUAUAAAGAAUUUAUCGACUGUCUUCUACCACAUCCUCCAGAAUAUUCCAGGGUUGGGGGGCACUGGGAUACUCUUGCCUCACGAACGUCACAUCUUAAGGAAGGAUUACAGCGGUUGAUUUGCCUAAUACCAUAUGAGAUAAUAACCCAGCAGAUAUGGGACACCGUAAUGCCACAUUGGAUGGAAGCAGUUACAAACGAUGUUCCCGAAAAAGAAUUACCAGAGUUAAAAGUUGUGCUAAGUAAAAUCUUAGAUCCGGAAAUGUCACCACUGGGUUUUGAUGCUAAAGCAAUGUAUAACUUCGUAUCGAUUCGUUUCGAGAAAACAACUGCUAAAGUUCAACAACAAGCAUUGCAUUGGUUACAAAACUUAACAAAGCUAGAAAUUUUAAUUCCGUUGUCACAAUUAUUUGCCAUGUUUGGAGAUGGAGUUCGCAUUAUGAAACAUGGAAUGCAAGCAGAAUCUCAUUCAAAAGUUGGUAAAAGUGCUGGCUCCAAAAUCACCAGAGAAAGAGAACUUCAAGCUCCUAGAAGAAGUUCUAUUUCACCAGUGGUAGAAGAUGACUCAUGUAACACAUCCGCCAUUUCAGAUGAUGAGGCACCAAUUUCAAGACAUACCGAAUUUUCAACGGAUGCUGAGCAUAAUCUCACUUGCUGCAUUUUGAUGCUCGAUAUAUUACUAAAACAGAUGGAAUUACAAGAUAUUGAACAACACAGUGGAAUUUAUACAACUGUUUGUGAUGGUGUAUGUCGUUUGCUUAAAUGUAUGGUCACGGCUGCAAAAGUUGGAUUGGGGAACCAUAUUUGUUCCUCUAAGGAGUGUGGCUACUGUGAAGCAUCGGUAAUGUGGCAUCAACUGUCGACAAAGUUAGUUCAAUAUCUAGCUCCAAUUGAUGCCGUUCGUCCACCAGAUGCUCCACUACCGGAAAUCUUAGACGAUGAGAAACCAUCAAGGAAAAGCCCACCCGAAUCGGAGAAAGAAAACAAAAAUAGAGAACGAGAUGUGUCUCUCUCGAUGGCUCCCUUGCCCAUACCGCUUGGACCUCUAGUUGUACCAUCUUUCCUAGAUGACGUUGGAAAAAUUAUUAUUAUGGCAGGUGAAUAA